CGGUAGUUCAACUCCUAGCAUUGCUCACGCCAGACAGUAGUGAUCGUCGCAAGUCCAGAUCUGUCUCCGAUUCUUCGCGGUUCUGCUUCUUUUCCUCUAUCUUUGCACUCUGCUCGAUCGUUUGUUUAGUCGUGGCGUGUAGUCAGACAGUGUCUGCGUCCGUUCGUUCCUGGGUUUCUGAACCUAUCGACCUUCGUUUUUGUGACCGAACUUGGUUGUUUUUUUUAUAGAUUAUACACAUUGAGUGCUUCAUCGCUUCCUAGACAAUCGUAGUCAGCGACUGUUAUAACAGCUCUUUUUUAUCGGACUCUUUGUUACGACUGGUUCCCCCUUCGACGAAACUCCAAGCCGUCAAAAGCAGCCCGCGUCUGCAGUUAAGGCGGUUCAAAAAGGUCAAUAUCAAAGACGUCAAACUCGUCACUGCAGAAGCCCAAAAUUUUCUCGCAUUGUUCCGAGCCUGCGCCUGGCCAUAUCGUUCCAUAAUUCACUACUCCCGUGACUGUCUGCAACGAGGACCGGCGACAAUGAGACUUUGACAAUGAUGCUGUUACUGGUCAAGGUGCAACAAUAGCGUUUCAGCGUCUUCGGCAAUUCACAUCAGCAGACGAGAAUCUUCACACUUCGGUCCCCGAGCUGUGUUUGCGACUCAUCCCUUAGUCACGACGAACGAAGCAGCCAUAUAACUUUCUUGCAAACUCGUCAGAUCUUAGGCUAUCCUCCUGGGCUUCUUUUCUUUUCCCCAGUGGGGCGCAACUAUUCGCAUUUGACUGCGCGAUUCCUACAUCCUUGGUCUCGAUACUCGGCGCGCAGGCCGCUGCAUUGGUUUCUUUUUCAACAUGAACGCAGCAUCGUUAUCACACGGCGUGGUUGACACGCCGUUGACAUUCUUACAGCGGCGACAGGUCGAAGAUCCCGCGUACGGUAACCGCACCGGAUUCUCAACCCUCUUCCCGUUCUCCGCAGGUCUGCACGGCGUCAACCAGGUGCAGAACUACUUCUUUGCCCAUGUGUUGAUCGUCAUGCUUUGUGCACUGAUCCUGAUGACCAUAGGUCUCCGGCUGACACAGAAGGUGAUCAGUACACUCCGUCAUCUUACCGUGCUCGGUAACCCCGACAGGCAGGGCUACUGGAAAUACAACAAGACGACGUGGUGGCCGCUCCUUAAAAGAUACCUGACGUACGCCCCGUUAUGGAAGGACAGGCACAACCGCGAAAUCUAUGUUUCGGAGAACGUAUCUUUGGGGUGCAUACCAUCCAGAGGACAUUUUCUGCUCAUCGCAAUGUACACCAUCUCGAACAUGGCCUACUGCUUGGUGCUCCCGUACAGCGACGGACACACCAUCGUAUUGGUAAACUUGCGCGGACGGUCCGGAAUGCUUGCAGCGCUCAACAUGAUUCCUACAAUUGUAUUUGCGCUCCGAAAUAAUCCGCUGAUUGGCUUUCUAAACACGCCAUACGAUACCUUCAACCUCUUUCAUCGUUGGCUAGGCCGAAUUGUAGUGGUCGAGGGUGUAAUGCAUACGGUGGCCUGGAUUGUCGUCACACACAAGCAAGGGUCCUGGGCUGCGGUUAAAAUGGGUAUCACGGAUGGGCCGCACGCGGUCAGCUAUAUGGCCGGAAUGGUAGCCGUCGUUGCUGCACUGAUCCUCCUUGUUCAGUCUUUGUCACCACUACGACACGCAUUCUACGAGACUUUCCUAAACGUACACAAGCUCAUGGUCAUCACUUUCCUGGUCGGUGUGUACGUACACUUGAAGUGGGACAACCUACCACAAAUUCCCUGGGCUGUCGCCGUAAUGCUGUUUUAUGGCUUGGAGUACAUUGUGAGGGUGUAUCGAAUAGUCUAUCACAACUAUUCUCGCAGAUACGGCUGGACAGAGAUCGAGGCCGAGGCGCUUGAAGCGGAGGCUACCCGUCUCACCUUCAAAUUGCCUCGUCCAUGGCACCCAAAGCCAGGUUCACACGUGCAUGUCUACAUCCCGACGUUGUCGUGGCUAUCUUCGCACCCGUUCUCUGUCGCGUGGAACGACGUGCAUUACGUCUCGAGAGGUCGCGCCGGAAACUCGCUUCCUAUCACGGAGAAGGAAGACUUUGACUUCGAUCGCAAGACUGAGCUGGCAGGGACCGUCUCCCUCAUCGUCCGUGCUCGUGCAGGUUUCACCCGUAAGUUGUGGGAGAAGGCCAAGGCGCAACCUGACAGAAAGUGGCGGACGCGGGGUGCACUGGAAGGUCCAUAUGGUGGCCACGAUUCACUACGUUCCUAUGGCACCCUGGUUCUCUUUGCGGGCGGCGUCGGAAUCACACACCAGGUCCAGUACGUGAAGGACUUGGUGCAGGGCUAUCACGAGAACACAUGCGCUGCCCGCAAAGUUGUGCUCAUCUGGUCGGUUCCCAACACAGAAGCUCUCGAAUGGGUGCGCCCCUGGAUGGACGAGAUCUUGAAGAUGCCCGGCAGGAAGGAUAUUCUUACCAUCAAACUGUUCAUCACGAAACCUCGCGCGCGCCACGAGACCCAGACUCGCACGGGCUCGAUAUCGACAUUUCCUGGCCGUUGCAAUCCGCAAACCGUGCUCGACCAGGAGAUCCGCGAACGAACGGGUGCAAUGGCCGUCACCGUCUGCGGCCCGGGUGCGUUCGGUGAUGCUGUGAGGAAGGCAGUCCGCAAGCGAGUACAGGUUGGCGUGAUUGACUUCAUAGAAGAAGCUUUCAGCUACUAGUCGUUGUCUUUUCUUCUUGCUGCAGAAAGCGAAUUCCAAGCAAACAUGCAUUAGCAAUCAAUUUGAGCAAAAUCUCUUACAAGCCACGCGUUUAAGCAAGUAAACUUAAAAAUGUGUGCGCUGUUUCGUGUUGAUAAUGUAUAUAGUCGAGGGAGCAAUGGAAAAUAAAGCGCCAAGCUUCUCGCAAAGCGCUUUUAUUGCACAUUUGAUCUGGCUUUGUCACAAGAACAACGCAUUUCGCGCCCCUUUUCUUUGAAAUUCGUAAGCUUUUGCUCCUUGAGCAAUACUAGGUUGUCUCUUUC